GGGAGGCGGUCCGGGCUCGGGGAACUCGCUGUCGUGCUGGAAGCGAGCGCGUCGCGUUAAUCGGGACGGGAAACGCCGUUUCGGGCUGCCACGUCUGAAUCGUCGCAGCCGUGGAUUACUGGAGCGCCCGGGCGAAUCUCCGGCCCUGUCCGGCGGUUCCGCCGCUUCCCGUGUCGGACCUGCUCGACCGUCUGCUGUGUGGCAGAGAAAUGGCGUCAUCGCUGUAGCGCCGCAGACAUCGCGCGAGCUGGAGCUCGCGCCCGGUGCGGCUGCCGGACUUUCCCUCGGCGAGUGAAGCGUCCCGCGUCCCGGCGAGAGUCUCGGGCUCGGGGGUCACAUUUACAGAGUUCUGCCGCCGCGGACAGGACGCGAGCGCGAGCGUUUAACAGUCCGCGUCCCAGCAGGCCGGGCAAGGUGACCGCUGGCUGCUGGACCGGCUCCGCGGGAUCAUCACGGAAGGCCACGGUUUCCCUGGUCGCCCGUGAACCGCCCGGAACGUGCAGGCCUGAAUCGUUCGGUUCGGACCAUCAGUACGUCCAGGGGGUCUUCUGGUGGGUGGGCUGCGCUUUCGAACCCGAUUUCGAUUGAUUGGGUUGAAGCAAUGCGCGCGCGCCGACCUUAGGCUCGGUUUAAACCCACGCCGUGCUGCAGUACAGAACCGCCUGCAGCCAACUUUCUCCAGAACCAGGCGCUGCCCGGCCUCCACUGGGCCCCGACCCAAACGCAGGACCCGACAGAGGCUUCGCUCGCGGCCGUUUACCGUCGCUUCCCGUGAAUGAGACGCUGUCCUGCUUCUGACCUCCGUGUUCGCUACGUCCACGCCAAGGAUGCUGCUGGAAAACGCUGCAGAUUGGAAACGCCGGUCCAUCCAGGAGUGCUGUGUACGGAGAUGAAGACUCUAGAGGAGCCUCCGUAUCUGACCGUUGGCACUGACGUGAGUGCCAAGUAUCGUGGGGCUUUUUGUGAAGCCAAGAUCAAGACUGCUAAGAGACUCGUCAAAGCCAAGGUGACCUUCAAACCAGACUCCUCCACAGCUGAGGUGCACGACGAGCACAUAAGGGGAACUCUGAAGGUGGGCGCUGUGGUUGAAGUGAAAAACCAAGAUGGAAUCUAUCAGGAAGCCACCAUCAACAAGCUCACCGAUGCUAGUCUGUAUACUGUCGUGUUUGAUGAUGGAGAUGAGAAAACCCUGAGGCGAUCUUCUCUCUGCCUUAAAGGGGCACGUCACUUUGCAGAAAGCGAGACACUAGACAGACUUCCCCUGACCAAUCCUGAGCACUUUGGCACGCCAGUCAUCGGUAAAAAAGGCAACCGUGGGGGCCGACGCUCCAAUCCCAUUCAAGAGGAAGAGUCCUCUUCUUCAUCUAGUGAAGAAGAAGAAGGUGACCAGCAACAGAAUGAGGAACUUUACGGCAAGGUGGUGUGUGUGGAAGCUGCUGUUACUGGGGAUAAGAAAAAGACCUGGUACCCUGCGCUAGUAAUCUCUCCAGAUUGUCAUGAGGACGUGACGAUGAAGAAAGACACCGUUUUUGUCCGCUCCUUCAAGGAUGGGAAGUUUAACACAGUCUUGAGAAAAGAUAUUCGAGAACUUGAUGGUGAGAUGGCUCCAAAAACAGAUGCCAGUCUUAAGCCAGCACUGGACGCAGCUUGGGAUUUCCAAAGAAAUGGUACCGUGCCCAGCAUAUGGAGGACAGAGGUCAAAGAUGAAAGUUCCAGCAGUGAGGAUGAUGAGGAGGAAGAUGAAGAGGUGCAGGAAGAUGAUGGCAGUAGUGAGGAGGAAGAGGAGGAGGUGGAGCCAUUCCCAGAGGAGAGGGAGAACUUCCUCCAACAGCUUUACAAAUUCAUGGAGGACAGAGGCACCCCUAUCAACAAAAAGCCCGUGCUAGGCUACAGGAAUCUCAACCUCUUUAAGCUCUACAGGCUGGUGCACAAGCUGGGAGGGUUUGACAAUAUUGAGAGUGGCUCUGUCUGGAAGCAAGUUUAUCAAGAUCUGGGGAUCCCUGUGCUGAACUCAGCAGCAGGGUACAAUGUCAAAUGCGCCUACAGAAAGUAUCUGUAUGGCUUUGAAGACUACUGCACAUCAACAGGGAUCACAUUCCGAAUGGACCUCCCGUUUAAAGCAGUUGAGCAGCAGAGUUGUCAGGCUGAAGGCAGCGUUGAUGCAGUAACGGAGGCCAGCAGCAGUGCUGCUGUUUCAGCCGUGGCCGAAGCCGGAGAUGAACCAAAACCAGAGCAAGAACCAGACGUUUCCACCAGCCAGUCUGUUGUACAGGAGGAGACGUCCGAAGUAGCAGGGCCUUGCAGGACCAAAGUGGACACAAGCAGCUUAAAGGAGGACGACAAGGGUUCCAGUGAUGAAGAAGAAAAUGGUACUGAUGAAGAGUCGCACAAACACAAGGCUAAAGAAACUGAACCAACAACAGAAGGUCCUUGCUCAGAGCAUGUGAAGGAGGAGCCUUGUGAAGAGCAGAACAAGGAGCUGUCAGGGGAUGACAGCAGUCAGGAGUGGGAGGAGGGGGAAGAGUUUGAGUGUUACCCUCCUGGCAUGAAGGUGCAGGUGAGGUAUGGGCGAGGCCGCAAUCAGAAGACGUACGAAGCCACUGUGAAAGAGUCAGACCUGGAGGGGGGAGAGGUGCUCUACCUGGUGCACUACUGUGGCUGGAACGUCAGGUACGAUGAGUGGAUCAAAGCCGACAAGAUUGUGCGACCAGCUAAUAAGAAUGUUCCCAAAAUAAAGCAUCGGAAAAAAAUAAAGAACAAAGCUGAAAGAGAAAGAGACCGAAUAGAGAGGUUAAAUGAAAGAGAUGACCUUUCUCCCUCCAGAAAUCGCAUGAGCAGAUCCUCUAAACCCUCCGGCAACGAUGUUUGUCCCAAGAUGGAAGAAUGUGAUGAUAAAGGGGGUCAGCAGACUCUGGGCAAAUCUGUUGAGAUUGCCUCCGAUCUCAAUGGCCUCCAAGCAGCAUCUGAGAGCUCCACAGAUGACAGCGAACACGAGGAGGAGGAUGGUGAUCAUGAUGACGAGGGUCCAGGAGGUCAGCCAAGCCUUCGAAGAGGAGGUCCACCAGAACGUCCUCACACACCCACUCAGUGGGAGAGUGGGCCGUCCACUGAAGAUAUGAAGGCUUCAGCAAACAUGAGCAGCACUGAGGAACCGGCCAGCCAAGAUAGCACAGAUACAGGCAAGCGGAAGGGACAGCUAGAGAAUGAGGGUGAGGUGCCCAGCACCAGGAGGAGAAAGCAUGAAGGACUAGUUGAGCGCACCCCUAGAAGCCAAUGUAAAGGCAAAACAAGGGGCAGUAGGGGGGCAGACUGGUUGCCCAGCAGCUCACCGAAAAAGCUGGAUGAGAGAAGUUCAAGUGCUGUGGAUGACCGGGGAGGCCAAUCCAGCAGCAGCUCUGAAGAUGAGAGUGGUCCUCCAACAAACAGUCAGGCCAAAGAGGAGCCUCGAGUACACCCCAAAACCAAAGGCUCGCCCUCAAAGAAGUACAAUGGGUUGAAGGAGAAGACCAAGGGCGGGCGGUCCUCCGGAUUCUGGGAGAUCCCUGAGAAACGUGCCAAAAUGGCAGCCGGAAUGGACGAACGAGCUCCCAGCUGUCGUGCCAAAGGCCAGAAGGACGUCUGGUCCAGCAUCCAGGCCCAGUGGCCUAAGAAGACCUUGAAAGAGUUGUUUUCAGAUUCGGACACAGAGGCAGCCAACUCUCCUCCCCCAGCAGUGCAAGCCCUGGACGAGCCUCGCUCAGAGCCCACUCAGAAAGACGAGCCUGCUGAGGAACCACAAGAGACCCAGCAGGAAAAGAGCCAGGAAUACCCCAGCAGUGGGAGCAAUUCCGUCCUCAACACGCCCCCCACCACGCCUGAGUCUGCAGAAGCAUUGGCUGAGACGCACUCGUCAUCUCCACCCCCUCAGGGUUCUGUCCUGGCCUCCUGCUCCCCAGCUGAGUCACCGGCCAGGCCCCUGAUGGAGGAAUGCGUUGGUGGUCGCAGCGAGUCAGACAGCAGCAUGGUGGAGGUGGAAAGCGUGGGCUGUGAGCUUCAAGAGUUGCCUCAGGAAGAAGCAGCCGCAUCCCCUUCCAAAGCCUUUGACGGCAACUUGUCCAGCAACAGCAACUGCAGCUUGACUCUCAGUAGCUGCAGCCAGCAGGAAGGUGAACAGAAAGCCAAAGCCUCAUCCUCCAGUCAGAAGCGGCACAAGGAGUCCCAGGGAGGUGGAACAUCGAAGAAACACAAGCGAAGUCAUAAGACCCUAAACCUGCAUCCCAAAAAGAACCACAAAACAACCAACAGCAGUGACAGUGAGGACCAGUCUAUCAAUGAGAGCACUGCCAAAUCACCCACGUCCAAGAGCAGCACAGCUGACAUAAAGGCCAUCACCCCACCGAAGUGCUCUGGUCGGACACCCCCAUCCCAAAAAUACCACAAACACGGUGACUCCGAUCACUCACAGCCCAAAGAGCAGCACAGCACCAGCCGAGGAGCCCGCAUCUACAAGUGGAGUUUUCAAAUGUCGGAUCUGGAAAAGAUGAGUAGUCUAGAGAGAAUAGCAUUCCUUCAGGAGAAACUGCAGGACAUUAGGAAUCACUAUCUCUCUCUCAAAUCCGAAGUGGCCUCCAUCGACAGACGACGGAAGCGAAUGAAAAAAAAGGAGCGAGAAACAGGUGCAGCAGCAGCUUCAUCCUCCUCCUCAUCUUCGCCAUCGUCCAGCUCUCUGACGGCAGCCGUCAUGCUGACUCUUGCUGACCCUGCAGUGUCGGGCUCAUCACAGAACUCUGGAGUUUCAGUGGAGUGCAGGUGACAUGAAGAGAAAUGACCCUCCUGCAGCACAGAGCACUUAACCAGCACCCAGCCAAGCCUCUGGCCUACUACCCCUCAUACUGUAGGACCCAAACUCUGACGGACACAAAUCGGGGCACAAAAAUGAAAAGAAAAAGAAAAAGAUGAAUUAAAAACAGAGCCAGACAACAAGAAGCACUAUUUUCUAUUGACAACUGUUUCCUCUGCAAGCUAAUUGCACUCAAGUGUACUUUUUUUCUGAAAAGAUUGGGAAGAAGAGGUGGAACAAUGCAUAAAACAAUCUUUUUAUGGAAUACUCUGUUUUCGCUUUUCUUUGUUUGUUUGGUUUUUUGUUUUUUUUUCUUUUUUUCAGUUCUAAGCAAUAACUGUCCAUGAAGAAUCCAAUUCUGUCUUUCUGUGGCGAGGAUACUGCAGUGAUGGACCAGAGUAACAGUUACUCCUGGUGUAAGUCCCUGUCUCUUAACAAGAAAUCCAAACACCGAUCAGUUUCAUUCAGUGGCCGUGUUCUGCGUCUAAACGUGUUAACAUCCGCGUCCACAGUCCUUUAUUUAUUCAUUUUUAAUCCUGUUGAGGUGUGAUGACAGGGUUUAUAGCUGAGGAAAUUCACUGAUGGCCAUGUUGUAGAUGGGUACGUCUGUUCAUGUGGUAGUGCCUUGAAGUUCCUCUUUAAAGGCAUUUGCUGGGAAUAAUGCGGCGCUAGAGAAAGGUUGAGGGGGAAGCUACAGCUAAAGAGGUGCCUGUAUGUUUCAUAUGGCCUCUGUAAGUGUUAAAUGAGGAGAAGUUCACAUUGUUGGAACCUUAUGGUGGUGUUUCUUUAUUCAGCGUAGCACGCGAGGAAUAAUACUACUCAAACUGUUUAACGCUUAUAAAACGCCUUAUGAAAGAUACACACUUAUCGGCCCGUCACCUCGUGUUACCCACUCGAGCCUCCACUGCUGCAAAAUCCCCUGAAAUGUACAUGUCUUGUUAUUUAAGACACAGGAGGGGUGUGUGAAUGAAAGUCAUCAUGCCAAGGGCUGUUUACUACUAAUAAUGUUUAUAUAACAAAUAUAAAUGUAAAAAUAGAAUUCAGUAUUUCUAAACUGAAGCUUAUUAUUAUGAUUGUAGAUGGUUACAUAGAGAGAAUUAAGUGCUUUUUCCAGCAGCCCUGACUCGAAGUGUAUUUUACUACUGAAAGAUAUCAGGUCAAAUCCCUGUAGAUGGGGGUUUGAACAGUUACAGUUAAUAUGGCAGUAUUUGGAAGUGCAAUGAUGAGAAAAGGUUUGAUGGAAAUCACUUGCAGUGACAGAACCUGCUUUAUUCCAUAUGUAGCCUCCUGUAUGAUGUCUUCCUUUAUUCCUUUACGCUUGUCCGUUGGCUUAAAGAAGCACUUCUGUUGUGUGUUAAGGGGAAAAGUCAGUCAAGCGCUGUGGCCAGUGACAUACAUUUGCAGUAACAUAUAGUUUAUGGAUAGGGAAUAACAACUGACACAGUUUGCCAAUAAUUGUUUAAAAAUAGAGGAAGGUACAUGAUCAUCUUCUGUGUUCCUAUCAUGUGUGUGCCGUUGUUCCUUCUUCCUUGCUGGCGGGAAUAUUGUGAUCGGCACUCAUUUGUUCAAGUGCACAUGGAGUUGUUUCUGCUCUGGUGCAAAAAGUGCAGUAUGACCCAGUCCCAGCUAUUCAGAUCACUAGUGGUGCUCUCACAGCUCUUACUGAUCAGGCUUUACCUUGGGAGUUGGGAUGGAGGGAGGGGAUCUCUCCUCAAUAAGCAUUGGUUUGAAUUGGCAUGCCCUGACCAGGGAACAGGUUACAAUUACACAAAUGUGCGUUUAUAACUACAAAAAACCCCAUGUGUGUACAAACUGACAACACCGCCAGAGUUUCCUUUGUAUAGCCUCCCCAUUGUACCAUAACCUGAAGGUCUGUACUGGUUGGCACUUGUAUGUAAUUGUAUGCCUUUGUUAUACAUUUGUAUAUUAAGAGGUGUGUUUUGAGUCAAGCUAUUUAAUAUCUUGCACUGUUAAUAAUAUGUACUUUCUGUACAGACAGUUUUACCGUUUUAACUGUAGUGUCUGUGUACAUUUUGAAGGUAAACGCAUGUCCUUUCCUCCUCGGUUCUCUUCAUUUUGUGUUUUGCUUUUAUGUGGCACAGCUUUAGUUUUCAGUUUAGUUUUCAGUUUGUUACACGCUUUUCAUCCCUGUUUAGUCUUCAUUUUUUCUGUUUAAACUGUGCUUGUAUUAGACUUUUUAAAAUGUGAUUUAAAAGUAUUUUACAAUCUGUACACGGACUGUAAAGUUUUAUGGAUCUUUACCAAAAAAAAAAAAACAAAAAAAAAAACCCCGUUCUGAGACCAUGUGAGAAUGUGGCAAAGAUCUAUCGUAUUUAUUAGGUUCAUCAAAGGAUGGAAGUUAUGUAAUUUAUUGUACAAAUGUAAGCAGAAGAUCCUCAGUUUUAAAUAAAUGACAUAGUUUGUGACUUCUAA